AUGUCUCGACCAAUUAUCGCCAUCGCAGGACUUGCUUGUGAGACCUCCACCUUUUCCCCCGCUCGGACACUUAGUGGGGCGUUUCACCCGCGACGAGGUCCUGAGGUGGUCGAGAAAUACGCUUUUCUGCAUCAUGGCACUCAUCUAGCUGAUGCUGCAGACUGGAAAGGCGCACUUAUAGGCCAUGCCCUUCCAGGUGGAGUUGUGGUACGAGCUGAUUUUGAACAACUCUCUAGGGAAAUCUUGGAUCGGCUGGCUGCAAUCAUCGCUUCGGCCCCUAUCGAUGGAUUAUGGUACGAUAUCCACGGCGCAAUGUGUGUUGAGGGUAUGGAGGAUGUCGAAGCGGAGCUUCUCCGGCGGAUUCGAACUGUUAUUGGCCCAGAUGUUCUGGUCUCGUCAUCCAUGGAUUUGCAUGGAAAUGUGUCCAGAGAGCUAGCCCACCAGACUGAUCUGAUCACUUGUUAUCGUAUGGCGCCCCAUGAGGAUGCCCUGGAAACAAAGGAACGGGCGUGUCAAAAUCUUGUCCAUGUUUUGACUUCGCGAACCGACUCUGGAAGGGUGAACAGGCCCCUGAAAGCUUGGGUUCCAGUUCCUAUCUUGUUGCCAGGAGAGCAGACUUCAACCCGCAACGAACCAGCCAAAACUCUGUAUUCCCUCGUACCCGAGGUCGAAGCCAUGGAAAAUGUCCUAGAUGCAGCGAUCUGGGUUGGGUAUGCGUGGGCAGAUGAGCCCCGAAACCAUGCUGUGGUAAUGGUCUCCGGAUGGAAUAAGGCCGCUGUCGUUAGAGGAGCGAACAGACUUGCAACUUCGUUCUGGCGUGUUCAUAAGGAGUUCCAUUUUGUUGCCCCGACCGGGUCUUUUGCGGAAUGCAUUGACAACGCGCUCGCAUCGUCAAAUAAGCCUUUCUUCAUAUCUGAUUCAGGGGAUAAUCCUACGGCUGGCGGAUCGGGCGACGUGACCUUCGGUUUAAGCCAGUUGUUAAAACGACCGGAGUUUUGGCAAGAUAACGGUACAACUGUGAUUUAUGCCAGCAUUCCAGGACCCCAGGCAAUUGACGUUAUAGUUAAGGCUGGUGUGGGUACCACGGUGACGGUCACCGCCGGAGCAGAAGUGGACAGUCUGCAUGCUGGGCCUAUCACUAUGACUGGACGCGUUCAUUCAAUCAAGUAUGGAGAUCGCGAUGCCGAAGUUGAGGCAGUUCUGCAGGUUGGCAGCGUGUUUGCCAUCCUAACCAAAUCCCGAAAGCCAUAUCACCAUGAGAGUGAUUUUAUCGGUCUUGAUCUUAGUCCCCGAGCGACAGACAUCGUCAUAGUCAAGAUUGGUUAUCUUGAACCAGAGCUGUUUGACAUGGCGGCAGACUGGAUGCUUGCUUUGACACCUGGCGGUGUUGAUCAGGAUCUGCAACGUCUUGGGCAUCAUCAUAUCUGCCGUCCACUAUGGCCCUUUGAUAAAACGUUCCAUACGGCCCCAGAUCUCACCCCACAGCUAAUUCCGUUCUCGAACGAUGAUUUGGAAAUGUGUUAG